AUGGAAUAUUUCCUAAAAAAAGAAUGCAGCAAUGAACAUGAAAUGAAAUUGCAGUUUGGAAAGCAGAUUCGUUGGAGAAUCUACAUAAAAGAAUGUAGAGCAGAAUCAGGAAUAAUGAAUUUUGCUGAAAAAGAAGCAUCCAAAUUGCUUCAUGGAAAUUCAAUAAGUUCAAUGAAAACAAAUGAAGAAACUAGUUUAUUCGAUUCAACAACAGAUGGUGGAAUAUAA